AUGGGAAUUGCAGUGUGGGUUGAGCUGGAACUGUAUGUUAAGAUGGGUUUGUGUGAAUUCAAGAUGAAGGAGAUUGUGCUGGUUAUGUUGCAGUAUAUGGCUGUGGUUCUGGUGGUGUUCAUUGUUGAGUUUUGUCUGAGAGUUUCUCCCUUGGUGUCUCGAAGUAUUCUUGAAACUCUCACCUACUUGACUUGCAUAUGUUGCUUUCACAUUAUCAGGUUCAACAUUGGUGUCAACCGAUGCUACUGCCCUUCGGACGAGGUUGCUAAGAGUGCAUUGGUUGAUGGCCUAGAGUCUUCCCAGAUUCGCGUGUUUGGUUUGCCAGUCAGGCCCUCAUUUUGUCGGCCUGUAAAGAAAACUGCAAGAGCUCUCGGCGAAGCACUAUUCAAUGCAGAACUUGAUGCUUUUACUGGAGUCGAUAACAGUUUUCUUUGUUCACCACAGGUCAGAGGAUUCGAGACCCAAAUGGAGAAAUUUAUGGGUGCUUGUGACUGCAUCAUAACCAAAGCUGGACGUGGAAAAAUUGCGGAGGCAUUGAUAAGGGGCCUUCCAAUCAUGAAGCAAUGGAUAGGCAGUUGUAUUGCAGGUUCUGGUGUUGUGUUGGUGCAGUCGGUGUGUCCAAGGGCUAGCAGGGUUUUACUAAAACAGAAGUGUUAUUAG